CUCCCAAUAUCAAGACCAUUAGCUCCGUUACCCCCACCACAGAAUGGUGGAGACUCUAAACCCCGAGAUUCCAAUUCCGAUUCCGAUUCCGACUCCGGUGAGUCAGUCAUGGCCCAUUCUUCCCAGAGAUACGAAGUGUCAGAAGAAAGCAAGCUGGUUAAAGAGAGGCAAGAGAAAGCUGUGCAGGAACUUCUCAUGAAGCGCCGGGCAGCCGCCUUAGCCGUCCCCACCAAUGACAAUGCCGUGCGGGCCCGACUAAGGCGGCUUGGCGAGCCCAUUACCUUCUUUGGGGAAAAGGAGAUGGAAAGGCGGGACCGAUUGAGGGCACUCAUGGCAAGGCUCGAUGCCGAUGGACAGCUGGAGAAGCUGAUGAAAGCUCAUGAGGACGAGGAAGGAGCAGCAUCGAGCGCGGCUUCUGGGGAGCCUGAGGAGGAUAUUCAGUACCCGUUUUACACGGAGGGCUCGCGUGCCUUGCUGGAGGCUCGAAAGGAGAUUGCAAAGUAUUCAGUUGUGAAGUCAGCUUUGAGGCUUCAUCGAGCGAAAAGGAGAAAAGAGGACCCGGAUGAGGAUUUGGAUGCUGAGGUGGAUUGGUCGUUGAAGCAGGCAAGGAAUCUGGUGUUGGAGUGCAGUGAGAUCGGGGAUGAUCGGCCGCUCUCGGGUUGUUCGGUUUCACGUGAUGGGAAAAUGCUUGCCACCUGCUCUAUAAGUGGAGUUGCAAAAGUAUGGUCCAUGCCCGACGUAAAAAAGGUGUCCUCCCUAAAAGGACACAGAGAACGAGCCACCGAUGUUGCAUUCUCCCCAAUCAACCACCAAUUGGCGACUGCCUCAGCCGACCAAACAGCAAGAUUAUGGAAUCACGAUGGCUCAGCCCUCCGAACAUUCGAGGGCCACUUGGACCGUCUGGCCCGUAUUGCCUAUCACCCUUCCGGAAAAUACCUAGGCACAGCUAGCUUUGACAAGACUUGGAGAUUAUGGGAUGUCGAGACUGGUGAGGAGUUGCUCUAUCAAGAAGGCCAUAGUAGGAGUGUGUACGGAAUAUCUUUCCAUCACGAUGGCUCUCUAGCGGCUUCGUGUGGGCUCGAUUCUCUUGCUCGUGUUCUAGGUGUUAGUUUCUCUCCCAAUGGCUAUCACUUGGCCACCGGUGGUGAAGAUAACACUUGCAGGAUAUGGGAUUUGAGGAAGAGGAAAUCUUUGUACAUAAUACCGGCUCAUUCUAACCUUAUUUCACAGGUCAAAUUUGAGCCUCAGGAGGGUUACUUUCUGGUUACCGCUUCGUAUGAUAUGACUGCUAAGAUCUGGUCUUCGAGAGAUUUUAAGCCUGUAAAGUCAUUAUCCGGUCAUGAAUCAAAAGUUACAUCGUUGGAUAUAGUCGGAGAUGGACAGUGCAUUGUGACUGUUUCUCAUGACCGAACGAUCAAAUUAUGGUCGGCUAGAGAAUCUGAGAAAGGGAAGGAUAUGGAAGUCGACUAGCUUUGGAUGCGAUUUUUUCUACUUUGAAUUAAUUUUUUAGGACUUCUGUUGCAUGGAAGAAAACUGAGGUAGCCUUCUCAAAUGGAGAAAUGAUUUUUGCGAGAUAAAAGUACCCUUAUGUCCUAAAUGAGAUCGUGCUGUUGUAUCACUAUUCACUAAGCAUGAAUGUACUGGUUUUUCUAGCAUAUCAUUACCCUUUUGUGACUUGGAAGUUGUAUACUUAUUUUAUGUUCAGAAAAAUCAGUCUCUGAUAUUUUUUUUAAAAAAAGGAAGAAAAUUUAUUGUUGCACCGAACAAUUUUUAUCUUUUCAGAUGGGUUUUAGCCAAUUAAAUGUUAUCUUUAGAAGUGUUUUUUACUAUUUGUUUUAGUAUU